AUGUCCAACAGAAAUAAGAAAUCUAAAAGUCCAUAAGUGUAAUAACCAAAGAAUAUAGACAAAGAUUUGAUGAAAUAUUUGAUAUUUUAGAAGAUAGUGAAACCAUAAGUGCCAGCAGAAUUGAUUACAAAAACAUAACCAGAUGAAGAUUGUGAAGUAGAGGAUUUCAAACUGGAGAUAGAAAUGAAGUAUUUUGUUAGCUUUAUAAAUUUUAGGUAUAAAAAUUGUAAAAUUAACCAUAUUUUUAAAUUUCCAAAAGAGAACUAUGAAUCUUCAUCAGAUACAUCUUUACAAUCCUUAAAAGAUGUAACAUCUUAUAACUUAAAUUGUGAUAAUUUGGAUCGAUUAACUGAUGCCACUUAACCUCACUUUAUGAAAGCACUGAAUGAGAGAUUAAUAAAAUUAACAGAUCUCAUUGUUGAUGAAGCUUAAACUAAAACUAAAUAGUUUAAUUAUGCUCCUAAUUUGAAGUCUUCAAGGUUUAAGAUUAUUAUAAUUUAGAUUGUAGAAGUUACGUGGAACCAAUAUAUCAAAUACAUCUAUAACAAAGCCUACAGAGUUGUCUGUAAAUGCUGCUAGUCAAAGUCAAGGAAGAGAGAGUGUAAUUACGAAACCUCCAUCAAAUCUAGGUUUCAGGGCUACACCUACCUUAUCCUCUGAAAAAAAAAAUAAAUCCAGAUAAAUUUAAUAAAUCUUGAAAAUUACUUAAUAAAAAUACAUGAAUAAUUAAAAGUAAUUCAAUUGUAGAUUUAUAGCAUAGGUGGAACUUUUUAUAAAAAGACUCCUUAAGUCAACAACAAUUACAUCAAUAUUAACUCUAAUAUUAACAAUAGUAUAGUUGUUAAUGGGAAAAAAAAUAUUCAGGAAAUCAGAAUUAAUUCAGAACAAGAUGAACCUGAAAUUAGUUUAUAAUAAUAUUAGGUACUUCCAAAUUCUAGGUAUUCAUUUUUUAUAUUAAUUCAAGACCUAAAAUGAGAGAAUCUAAUAUAAAGGGUAAAAAAUUGGAUAUUUCAAUUGGUUAUAAAAAUCUUACUUUAGACAGCCAAUAUCUGGAAAAUUAUAGUCGUCAUGCUAAAAGUUAAAAUAAGAAUUAUAAGGUUUGA